AUGGCUUCAAGCAAAGUCUCUGCCUCUGGCUCUCCUGUCGCCUCCCGCCCCCGUCUGGGCUUCCUGUCCCUCCCCGCCGAGCUCCGCAACAAAGUUUACGAGCUCGCCUUGGUCACCGACAAGACCAUCACUCCCUGGGAGAAUACCACCCAGGUGAGCGCUCAAUUUCUCUGCACCAACAAGCAGAUCCACCAAGAGGGCCGUGACUACCUCUAUGGUGCAAACUUCUUCGCGCUCGACGCGCCCUCGGGAGAGGCUCUCCGUGCCUUCCUCGAGCAAAUUGGCCCCGACAAUGCUGCACGCAUCGAGGGCAUCAAGAUUCGAACCCCUCGAGUGAAGGUCGACACCGAGGAGGAGGGUGAAAUGGAGCAAGUCGACAUCACCGCUCUGGACAUGAUCCGUGAGAAAUUUCUUGCCCUGAAAACCCUGCACUUGACUGCCUUCAAACUCACGACUGAGGAGAAGGUGGGAACCCACCCUCGGCCCGCCGCCGUCAAUCGCAAGAUGUCCAUCAAGGCGGCGGCUGUCAUCAACAUUCGCCUUGGGGACAUUGCCUCCCGUGCGAAAAUCAUCCUGGAGACUUGUGAUCGUUGUCACAUGAUCCCUUUCUUGCAGCUCAAAUUUCACGAGCCUUAUGGCUGGACGAGUAUUCCUGUGAUCUGUGAGAGAUGUACACUUGGUGAUCCUCCGCUUCCUCGACCACCUCAACAAGUUCUCCUACCCCCAUCUUCUUCUCCCCUCCAGGAGGCAGUGCAUGCUCUCACCGCUGUGACACAUGCAAACAAUGCUGAGGUCCUCGAGGCCGUCAGCAUUCUUCCACCAUUCGGACCGGGCUUCCUCCAUGCUGGCACUCAAGCUCAGCUUAUGAUGGCCGCGAUGCAAAUUGCCUCCGCCGACAUCUAUCUCUCUUCACGCCCAACUCCUGUGCACUUCCCCGACGAUAUGGACACCAUCGACGUCAUGGAACUUCUGAACAACGCGAACAAUGCCAAUAAUACCAACAAUGCGACUUCCUUGGAUCCCGCGGAAUAUGUGGACUUUUCGCACCAGUUUCUUUAA